AGUCAUUAUAGUAAAACGAAUCUUCGUGGAAACACUGAUUGUUGACCAACAUUGAUCUAGUAUCUGUGACAAUUUUCAGCACCCAUUUGUAGAAUAUGACGCGCGACUUCAAAUCUCUAAGCAAAAAAAUCAUACACAAGAAGUGGAGUUAAACAGUUUGAGUAAAUUGUUAUGAACCAUGCAUAAAUAUUAUGACUUCAGGAAUAUAGACAGUGUUUCAAUAACACUGGUUUUCAUAUUAAUUAUAACAGUAAUCUAUAUACUAAACAACUUUACAGCACUUCUCAGGAAGGAAUGUAGUGCAGAUGAAGGUUGUCUUGGAGUCAGAAUUGAAAGUUACGGAGAGGCAGUGCUUGAAUAUUCACCUAAAUGUGCUAACAUAAUUGAUGAAAUUCACUUUAUUGCCACUAGACUGCAUCUAAAAUUUUAUGAAGAAAAGUGCAUUGCAUUGCUCAAAGAGUAUCCAGAAGCUGUCAAUUCUCCUAAACUUCCAUUAAUGUAUACUCCAUUUCUGAGGGCUUGUUGGUGUGGAAAUGCUAGAGUUGUUGAAUACAUGCUUAAAAAUGGUGCUGACAUCACUUCCUGUACAAAUGAUGGGGACACACCGAUGUUCUUGGCAGUUUAUAGCGCUAUCAAGAAGUCAUAUGCAUAUGAUCCAGCCUGCAUCAAUAUACUAUACAAUUCAGGUUGCAAUAUCAAUGCACCGAAGUCUCAUGGCUACACUCCCCUUCAUCUGGCUGCCAAGGCUGGCAAUGCGGAUCUUGUUCGCUGGCUUCUUGUACAUGGCGCUGAUCCAGACAGAGUCACUAAGUGUAAUAAGAAACCAGUCGAUUUUGCCAUAAAAUAUGGCCACAAGAAGGUUGUUUCCUUGCUGACAGUCUGCACUGGUGAUGAAACUCAUCAACAAAGAACUUCGCCAGGAUCACAAAAAAUAAAUUAAAACUACUGAUUACAGUUUAACCCCUUGUUGGCACUUAAAUGGGUAUCUGCUCUGCCUGGGGUGGCCAUAUAAAAUCUUCAAUGCAAAAGUCCUAUAGCAUAGAUAGAUUUUAUUUUUAUUUUGAAUCUUAUGACAAAAUUGAAAUUAUAUAUGGUCAUCUGAUCCAGAAGGCAGUGACCUGAAUCUUACAAGAAUAAAACUUGCCUGUAACAUGUUGGCGACAACUGAAAAUAUAAAGUCUGUGUCACUAGUCACGAACCUGUCUGGAUGUUGCCCGGUUUGGACACCACCGUAACACUCAAAUCUAUCUCAAAAUUCCAAUACAAGGGGUCAAGUAUCGUAAAGCUAACAUUAAUUUCAAUGCGACAAAGUUAUACUAUUGUACAUACAUUUAAUCUUACUCUCUACAUGAAUCAUUUAGUCAGAGUAAAAUAGGGUUAAUCUGGUAUGUUAAAAUUAGAUUUUCUUUCAGGUUGUCCUCUGUUAUAAGAAUAAACUAAUGUAAGUACUCUGAAA